GUAUGUGGCUCUCUGGCGCCGCUGCCCACCUACUCCAGUCUGUUUUCACUGAGAGUGAAAGGAGUGGUUGGAUGUAACAACAACAAAAAAGAAGAGAUUCGGUGUUUGAAUAACUCCGUUGGGGUGCUUUUACGGCAAGACAUUUCAAGACUAAUACAGCGAUGGCAGAGGCCCACCAGGCAGUGGCGUUCCAGUUCACCAUCACCCCCGAGGGGAUCGACCUGCGCCUUUCCUACCAGGCCCUGUCCCAGAUCUACCUCUCUGGCCUGCGCUCCUGGAAGAAGAGGAUCAGCCGCAUGAGGAACAGGGUGAUCAAAGGGGUGUACCCUGCCAGCCCUUCCUCCUGGCUGUUUGUUGUCAUAGCCAUCCUGGCCACCAUGUACAUGCGCUCUGACCCCUCCAUGGGCCUCAUUGCCAAAAUCCAGGAGCACCUGCCCGUCAGUAGUCUUUCUCUGAGUGUCCAGGGCCAGACCAUGCUGUCAGUGCUGGUGUUCAGUACCCUGCUGUGGCUGUCGCUCAUCCUGACCCUGAGGUUCUGUCUCAAGCUGCUGCUCUCCUACCACCGCUGGAUGUUCGAGCAGCACGGGCACAUCUCCACCACCACCAAAGUCUGGGUGACCCUGGUGCGUCUGCUGUCUGGCAGGAAGCCUCUCCUAUACAGCUAUCAGACCUCUCUUCCUUGCCUGCCCGUCCCGCCCAUAAAAGACACACUGGAGAGGUACCUGGAGUCGGUGCGUCCGUUGCUGAGUGGCCCGGGGUUCCAGCGGAUGACUGUGUUGGCGGCUCAGUUUGAGAACAGUCUGGGGAACAGGUUGCAGCGCUAUCUCAAGCUCAAAGCUCUGUGGGCUACCAACUAUGUGAGUGACUGGUGGGAGGAGUACAUCUACCUACGAGGACGAGGUCCCAUCAUGGUCAACAGCAACUACUAUGGCAUGGACUUUCUGUAUGUGACUCCCACUCCCAUCCAGGCAGCGAGGGCCGGCAACACCAUCACCGCUCUGCUGCUCUACCGACGCAAGGUCAACAGUGAGCAGCUAACGCCUAGUCGUGUUCCAGGUACAGUCAUCCCUCUCUGUGCAGCUCAGUGUGAGAGGAUGUUCAACACUACUCGCACCCCAGGAGAGGAGACUGAUGUGCUGCAGCACUGGCAGGACAGUGAAUUUGUGACUGUCUACCACCGGGGGCGCUACUUCAGGCUGUGGGUCUACAAGGCGGGGCGUCUCCUCUCCCCUAGAGAGAUAGAGUACCAGAUCCAGAGGAUCCUAGAUGACCCUUCACCCCCCGGACCUGGAGAAGACAGGCUGGGAGCACUGACUGCUGGAGACAGGGUGCCGUGGUGUGCCGUAAGAAAGCAGUACUUCAGCUCAGGGGUGAACAAGCGCUCGCUGGACUGCAUCGAGCGGGCCGCCUUCUUUGUCACCCUGGACGAUGAGGAGCAAGGAAUGAUGGGAGAAGACCCUGUGGGAAACCUGGACCGCUACGCCAAGUCCCUCCUCCACGGGAAAUGUUAUGACAGGUGGUUUGAUAAGUCAUUCUCUGUGGUGGUGUACAAGAAUGGGAAGAAUGGGCUGAAUGCAGAGCACUCUUGGGCCGACGCCCCGACAGUGGCACACCUGUGGGAGUUCACCCUGGCCACAGAUGCCUUCCAACUGGGUUACACAGAGGACGGCCACUGUAAGGGAGAGGUGGAGCGCUCCUUACCGCCCCCUCAGAGACUCACCUGGGACAUCCCUGUGGAGGUUCAGGAGCAGGUGUCCAUCUCUCUGUCUGUGGCACAGGCCCUAGCUGACGAUGUGGACUGUCAUGUCUUCCCCUUCAGGGACUUUGGGAAGGGACGCAUCAAAAAGCUGAAGAUCAGCCCAGACGCCUUCAUUCAAUUGGCUCUGCAGCUAGCUUACUACAGGGAUCGUAAGACGUUUUGCCUCACCUACGAGGCCUCCAUGACACGGCUGUUCCGAGAGGGGAGGACUGAGACUGUACGAUCCUGCUCCAAUGAGGGCUGUGCCUUUGUCAAAGCUGUGGAGAGCGGAGAGGGGCCGGAGCACUGCAGGCGGCUUUUCCGAUUGGCUGCUGAGAAGCACCAGAACCUCUACCGAUUGGCCAUGACAGGGUCCGGCAUUGACAGGCACCUCUUCUGCCUGUACGUGGUGUCUAAAUACCUGGGGGUGGAGUCACCGUUCCUAACAGAGGUGCUGUCAGAGCCCUGGCGCCUCUCCACCAGUCAGACUCCGGUUCAGCAGUUGGAGCUGUUUGACAUGAAGAACCACCCAGACUUUAUAUCUCUGGGGGGAGGCUUUGGCCCUGUGGCAGACGAUGGCUACGGAGUGUCGUACAUUAUCGUAGGAGAGGACAUGAUCAACUACCAUGUAUCCUGCAAGCACUCCUUCUCUGAGACGGACUCACACCGGUUCGGGGCCCAGAUCAGUCGGGCUCUAUUGGACCUCCUCUCUGUGCUUACCCCAGCUAAGACAGAGAACUCACAGGCCCAGGAUAAGAAACAGCAGUGAACACUUACAGGGAAAGAAGGGACUAUGGGGUGGGAUGGGGGUAGGUGUUUGCUUUGUUUUUUGAUAGUGGGAUAAUAUUAUAUUGAGCGUGGUUGUGUAUAAAGAAAGCCCUAAGAGAUUCGAUGUGAUGGAGGGGUGGAUGGAGGGAGAGAGAGUUGAAGAGAUGGAGAAGUGCAAUAGGAAGCAAGGGAACUAACAAGGAUGAAGCAGAGAGCUAGGGAAGGAGGGAUGGGGAAGUGAGAGAAGAAUCUCCACAAAAAGAGAAGGGAAUUAGUGGAGGUUAUCCCCACAUAGGUCAGAGGUAGGCAAUAACUUUUAUUUUAUUUUAUUUUUUCUUUGUGAACCCACUAUUAUGGCUUUCUUUUCUAUUUUAUCAUCUUGAUUGUGAACUACUGUUGGAAAGAGUUGUAAUGUUUGAUUGAAAAGUCCUUUAAAGACUUCCCUAGUUAAAAAUACAUCUAUAGGAGAAGCAGUGGAAGUUUAAAGAAGCGGGGCUGACUUGUAAUUUUGGUUUAACUCUGUUCUCACGUGAAUGUAGAUCACUAACGGAAUGGGUCGGCUGCAGUGAACAUCAAUCAUUAGGAUGAGAUAUCAGGGGCAGGGUUGGGGUCUAUUCCAUUUCAAUCGAUUCAGGAAGUAAAUUCAAAUUCAGUGAUUUAAAAACAAUUGAAUUAGAUUUUUCAAUGAUUUCUCUAUACAUAAGAGAAGGAGAAACAGUUAUUUAAUAAAAUGUUCUGUUUUUCUAUUUUAAUAAAAAAUCACUUUUGAAUUUACUUUAUUGAAAUGUAAUUGAUCCAAAUCCUGUCCAGGAUAUCUUCUUAAUUUUUUGGCUAGGGAUCAUCUCCAGUGCUCGUAUUCAUAAAGCAUCUCAGAUUAGGAGUGUUGAUGUCGGGACAGUUUUGCCUUUUUAGAUCCUAAUUAAUAAGAGUAUAUGGACAGGGAUGGAUCCUAGAUCAGCACAGCUACUCUGAGUUGCUUUUUGAUUACGGGCGAGAUUCAUUUUUGUUUUUAAACACCAUCACCAGUAGAAAUCCAGUUUUUUUUUUAGUUGAAAGACAAUGGCCAGAGCCUACCUUUUGUUUCAGGGCUGGGUUUUAUGUCAAUGUUACCAGCAUGGCAUUGUUAAUUCAUCAGAAACCGCUGCAAAGUUAUUCUUCUUCGCGAUUGGAUCAUUUGUAAACGUUUACUUAUUUUUUUGAUAGUCUGUAUUAAAAGUAUACAUAUAUAUAUAUUUGACCAUUUUAUAAAUGGUAUAAAUGCAUGAUAUGAUGGCGUUUUGCAAACCCGCUUCCCCCCUGUUUCUGAAUGGUUUUGACAACUAAAGUUUUUGCUUCACUACAGGCUCCACUGUUUUGAUUGGUGGAAGGUUAGCUAGAAACCACAAGUGUCUAUUCAGAUAAUGACAAGGCACCAGCGAAAGAAAAUGUAAAGGAAUUUAUAGUUAAUGUAAGUAAAGUCAUUGUAGCCUAUCAUUUCAAUUCCCCUGUGAGAACCAUAAGAUGACUUGGCUUUGCUGUACCCCAGCCAAAACCUGCCAGCAGUCUGCCUACUGUACCAAAGGUUGCACGACAAUGUCGAAAACGCAUAUCAGCAGUCGUUAUAAAUAUUACAGGAGCUUCAUAUUAUUGUCUGUAAUUAUUUUUAUGGUGGAGUCGAGGCCAUAAUUUGUGGAAGAUGCCAAAACUUUGGAGCUAACGAUAGAUGGUGGUGUCAAAGAUAUGCCAGUGUUUUCCAUCUGUGGCGGAGUUUUCCCUGAAUUAAUGCUUAUGACAAAUCCAGCUCCAGAACCAGCCAUAGAUCUACAGUAGCUGGCUACUGGUGUAGUAAAAAAAAACACAACGAGUAACAUUAACUAGCAAGAUAAGGUUAGCAAGAGGACUAGCUAGAUAAUGUUAGCAAGACAGACUGCUGUCAGUGCCCUAUUUGUUGAUGAUUAUGUCAAAAUAGUGGCGGCAACCUCCUCUGGGGGGGUCCUUUAAGUUCCCCAGAAUGGGAUCAUCUAUAGCAGGGAGGAAGAGGCGAAGCACAACGUUUCACUGACGCCAAAAUCUUUCCAAAACAAGCCAAUGCAUUUCUAUGGGCUUAUUUUGGCCCUACGCUUGUCGCCUGCCUUCCCGCCUUUGGGACAACAACUCCAAUUGUUUUGGGGGGGGGUGUGUUAGGAAAUUCUGAUUAAUAUGACUGAACAAAUCAUUUUAAAUGGAACUGUAAGUAAACUUAUACUCUGUUAUAUUAUAUCUGAUUAACAAUAUGAGUUCAUAAGAAGAAAUUGUGUGACAGGAGAAAGGAGUAAUUAAAGUUAAUGAACACCAUUCCAACUAGGAAGGAACGAAUGGGUUGUGGACUGUGUAAACACAUAAGGUCGUUAGCCUAUGGUUGACCCAACUGAAACGUAGCUCUGGGGUUUUUAGAUAAGGCAGUGAGUGCAUUUCUAGGGUUUCUGUUAAUUAAAAUUGUCAGUUCAGUGGUGAUCGAUAAUGUUGAGGGGUCAAAAGUUAUCUGGGAGUGUGUUAGUAAGUUAGAAUGAACUUUUCACCUUACUUUGUCCUGUCGAGAGGGGGUUCGGGUUAAGGCAGUGAAAUGACGUCAUGAUCUGUAUUUAACCUGAUGCAUGUUGUUUGAGGGGAGCGCGCUCCGAGAAUAAAUUCUAUUACCUAUUAUUUAAA